GCAGUCAUCGAUUUCCUUCUUAGAACCUUCAAAAUUCAAAAUGGGCAAAAAGCUGUGCUUUCGCUGCAAUGCACGGUCUGCGCUGCUGCGUCGACCCAAGAACGGGCAGCCGUACUGCCGAGAGUGCUUCUACGACGCCUUCGAGACGGAAAUCCACACGACGAUUGUCGAGAGCAAGCUGUUUGUGCCGGGAGACCGCGUGGCCAUUGGCGCGUCCGGCGGCAAAGACUCGACCGUCCUGGCAUAUGUGCUCAAGCGCCUCAACGACAUGUACAACUAUGGCAUCGAGCUCUUCCUGCUGUCUGUGGACGAAGGCAUCACGGGCUACCGCGACGACUCGCUCGAGACGGUCAAGCGCAACGAGCAGGCGUACGGCAUCCCGCUCAAAAUCGUCUCGUACCAGGAGCUCUAUGGCUGGACCAUGGACGCCAUCGUCAAGGAGGUUGGGCUCAAGAAUAACUGCACAUUCUGCGGCGUGUUUCGAAGGCAGGCGCUCGACCGCGGCGCCGCGCUGCUCGGUGCAAACAAGAUUGUCACUGGGCACAAUGCAGACGACAUGGCCGAAACGGUGUUUAUGAACAUUCUGCGUGGCGAUGCGCCGCGUCUGCAGCGAUGCACCAACGUUGUCACCGGCUCGUCGGACACUCUCCCGCGAUGCAAACCAUUCAAAUUCACCUACGAGAAGGAGAUUGUCCUGUACGCAUACUUUCAAAAGCUCGACUACUUUUCGACAGAAUGCGUCUACUCGCCGCAGGCAUUCCGAGGCCAUGCGCGCGCCUUCUUGAAAGACCUCGAGGCGCUCCGCCCAAGCAGCAUUGUGGACGUGAUUCGCGCGGGCGAGGCAAUCGAAGUGGUGGAAGAAGUGCUCCAGUCCACCCCAAACCGCUGUGUUCGGUGUGGCUAUCUUUCGAGUCAAUCACUCUGCAAAGCGUGCGUCUUGCUAGAGGGCCUCAAUCGAGGAUUGCCACAGUUGGGCAUUGGGCGUGAGGCCAUGAAGGUUCAGUCCGAGUUGCUUGCAUCUGUUGCGGAGCCCGCAUCGGCACACCCAAUAGCUUCAGAGAACACCAAUGAUGGUGACGCAAGUGCGUCGGCCUCUGUCAAAGCCCCAAAGGCAUCGCGCAGUGCGCGUCGCGCGGCCAACCGACACCAGCCGCAUUCCGAAGAAACGCUGCGCAAGUUAGCUCGCGGUCGCGAGGUCACCCAUGUUCCAGAGGUUGAUUUACAAGACGCGCUUUCGUGGUAGCAUUGUUGAGUUUUCACAUUGUAAUGAUAGUACAGCAAUAUCAAGUGUACUGCAACAUGGCAAA